AUGGCCUGUGAGAGGUUCUCUGCUCGUGUAUUGAGGAGUGUAUUAGGUGAUAAGAGUGAGUUAUCAACCUCUUGGUUGUUUCUGUUCAUGAAGCUUUCUUGGAGUCUGGUCUUGUUGGAUUCGAUCCUGUAUCUAGAACACCUGUUGAUGGACUUCAAUUCCCGGAAGAGUGGCCUUCAUCAGCUACCCCCACUGUCGCUUUCCUACACUCUUCCUGAACUUUUGGAGAAGGAGGAUGUUUCUGAAUCAAUUGUUUUGAAUAUAAGGAGGUUGAUCAAUAAUGGUGCUGUAGUUUCAGGGUCUUUGGCCGAGAGCAGGACAAAGUUGUAUUUGACUUUCGAUCAGAAUAUAUUUGCCCCAGUUUUGGAUUUGUUGCGGACAAAUUGUCUUGAGAACGACAGGAUGAGUGAAGUUAACGAGUUCUGGAAAGCCUUGAAGGAUCAGCUUGCUAUGCCAUUUUCCAUACAACUUUCCGAGAGGACUGGUGAGACUCUUCCGCCUUGCUUUUUGAGCCUAUCAUCAGAUUUAAAGCUCAAGAUUUGGGUUUCUUCCUGCCACGAAUGUCGCGACACUUCAUGCAUUAAUUCAAAGCAGCAGAGUUUCUGUUCAAACAAUGAUAUAUGGAAGCAGAAGUAUGUGGAUGAGUUUGGAUACGCCUCUGAAUCCCAAAGCUUUGGAAAUUGGAAAAACAGAUUUGGCUCGGAUUGGAAGAUUAAGAAGAACAAUUACGAGGAGACAAAAUCUGAGUCCUGCUGGCAGGAUUUCUUCGACCCCAGAGGCUCUUUCACUUCCCAAUUCAGGCCUUCUCUUUUGACGCACUUAUUUUAA